CCGCGCCGCGCCGAGCCGAGCCGAGGAGGCGGCGGCACCAACCGCCUGCCAGGGAGCCGCCUGCCCCGGCCAUGUGAAGGGGCCGCCCGGGGAACCCCGCAUCCCCCGCCGCGCGCGUCCGGCGCCCGGCCAAGAUGCUCAGCCGGCUGAUGAGCGGCAGCAGCAGGAGCCUGGACCGCGACUACAGCUGCACCGUCCGCCUCCUCGACGACAACGAGUACUCCUGCACCCUCCAGAAAGAUGCCAAAGGCCAGUUCCUCUUCGACCUGCUGUGCCAUCACUUAAACCUCCUGGAGAAGGAUUAUUUUGGGAUCCGCUUUGUUGACCCCGACAAGCAGAGACACUGGCUGGAAUUCACAAAGUCUGUUGUGAAGCAAAUGCGAUCUCAGCCCCCCUUCACCAUGUGCUUCCGAGUGAAGUUCUACCCCACCGACCCAGCUGCUCUAAAAGAGGAGAUCACCAGGUAUCUCGUCUUCUUGCAGAUCAAGAGAGAUCUGUAUCACGGCCGCCUCCUGUGCAAGACCUCCGACGCUGCUCUGUUGGCUGCCUACAUCCUCCAAGCGGAAAUUGGUGACUAUGAUCCUGGAAAACACCCAGAGGGAUACAGUUCCAAGUUCCAGUUUUUCCCCAAACACUCAGAGAAAUUGGAGAGGAAAAUUGCUGAGGUCCACAAAAUUGAGCUCAGUGGGCAGACCCCCGCGACGGCAGAGCUGAACUUUCUCCGGAAAGCACAGACCUUGGAGACGUAUGGAGUGGACCCCCACCCCUGCAAGGACGUGUCUGGAAAUGCUGCCUUUCUGGCAUUCACCCCGUUUGGGUUUGUUGUCCUGCAGGGAAACAAACGAGUUCACUUCAUCAAGUGGAACGAAGUGGCCAAAAUGAAAUUUGAAGGCAAGACGUUCUAUUUAUAUGUAAGUCAGAAAGAGGAAAAGAAAAUUGUUCUGACCUAUUUUGCUCCGACUCCUGAAGCCUGCAAGCAUCUCUGGAAAUGUGGGAUUGAAAAUCAAGCCUUUUAUAAGUUGGAGAAGUCCAGCCAAGUUCGCACGGUCUCCAGCAGCAACUUAUUUUUCAAGGGGAGCCGGUUCCGAUACAGUGGCCGAGUUGCCAAAGAAGUGAUGGAGUCUAGUGCCAAAAUUAAGAGGGAGCCUCCGGAAAUACACAGGGCUGGACUGGUUCCCAGCCGCAGCUGCCCCUCUAUCCCCCACGGACCCCGGCUCAGCAGCGUUCCCAGGACCAGGAGGAGAGCCGUUCACAUCUCCAUCAUGGAAGGCCUCGAGUCCUUGCGGGACAGCGCUCACUCCACCCCGGUCAGGUCGACGUCCCACAGCGACACUUUCUUGCCCCACUCACGGAGCAGCAGGGUGGAGAGCAGCGAGCGCGUGGCGGUCAUCUCAGAUGAGGUCUACAGCCCGUCGGACAGUGUGCUGCCCACACCAGUGGCCGAGGAGAGCCUCGAACUGAUGCUGCUGUCCCGGCCGGUGAACGGCAGCCCCUGCAGCAUAGAGGAGGAGGACUCCGCGGCCGGCAGCCCCCCCGCAGCGGAGCUGGGGAGGGACCUCUGGGCCUUGUGCGGCAGCAGCGGAGCACAGGCGGAACAGGUGAAUAAGUUUGUUUUAAGUGUCCUCCGUCUGCUCCUUGUGACAGUCGGACUCCUCUUGGUUUUGCUCCUCCUCCUGAUCAUCCUUACGGAGUCUGACCUUGACGUUGCCUUUUUCCGUGAUAUUCGCCAGACCCCCGAAUUUGAACAGUUCCAUUAUCAAUACUUUUGUCCCCUCAGGCGAUGGUUUGCCUGCAAAAUCCGCUCCGCACUCAGCCUGCUCAAUGACACCUGAAGGCAGUUCUCCUACUAGUAACUAGCCAGGUGGACUGUGGAAGACCCCUGCUGCCCCUCCCCAGAGAAUGGGGUUCAUCGUGGCACCACCGGCACAUAAAUUAAGUCCUCCUCUCAUGACUCAAAGCAGCUGCGGCCCAGGAGGGUGGUUCCCCAGCCGAAGGAAGGGGUAGGCCCAUGCCAGGUCCAACCACCUCGCCACCAGUUUCUUUGCAGGUCCUCUUCCUGGAAGCGUCCUCUAAGUUCUGCUUUCCAACACUCAAAAUUACUCUGCACUCUUCAAACUUGUUUUUGCUUUUGU